GUCCAGCACCAACGUCUAUUCUUCUUCUUCAUCAACAAUACAACAAUCCUAUCUCGGUCUUGACAAUCCAUACUCGCAUAGCUGUGUCUUCGUACCAUUCAAGUCACCUGGCAUCACAGCUCCGAGCUUCAAUCUCCCCUACGAGGCAAACCAAACCAAUCAACCCUCCCCAUCCACAACGUCUCGACCUCGAACAUGAGGACGUCCUUAUCCAGAAAGGAUCUGCGAGCCGAGCGGCUCAACCAGAGCCCCUACGCAAGGCCUGCAAGGGGUGAAAUCAGGCGGUCGGCCAGCCACAGCGCCUUCUCCCCUCUCUCGUCCUUGGUCAACUUUGUGUCCGCCCCCUUCAGAAAGAACACCCUCCCAAGACACAGUCAGGAUGCGGACGGCCGUAUCCUAGCCGACGACCAGCGAUCUGUGUCGGGAUCAGAGGACGGGUGGAACGGCGAGCCACCGGCCAUCAUGGAGGAGGUGGACGUCUUCUCGCUUGCGUCUGCGGCUGGUCGCGGAGGGCCUGAGUUUGAGGCUCGGGCCCAGACGUGGCGAGCAAACAAGGGACUUUUGGCGCAGAGCAGCAGGGGAAUCAGGAACUCGAACUCGAGCUGGGAGCUUUUGUCGCUUGAUGUCGACCGUAGCAUCCGCCCCUCGCCAUCCAUGCCGGCGUUCCGCGAGUCAAUUCGCAAGGCACCUUCUGCCAAGUCUUCUGUCGCCUCCUCAAGACCUGCAGCCCCUGGCGCGUAUAUCAACAACAAACACCUCAGCACUCCAAAGGCCGGCGCUGCUUCAUCAUCCUACACCUCGUCCCCAUCAUCUGUUGCGUUACGCAGCUUCCUUGACGCCAAGGGAGACGCACCGAUGAACGUCCAGGAUAUUGACGUUCUCGAGAGCUUGACCCGUAGCAUGAGGGCCGAGACAAGGCAAACCGCCCAGCCCGUCGGCGGAUGGAGCGCAGGCACUUUUGCAGCUACGCCAGUCCGCAACACGGACUCGCCACGUUCAACAGCGACGCCCGAGUCGUCCUUCUCUAUUGGCGCGGCCACACCCUCGCGGUUCACCCCUGCCAGCUCAAAGCGUCAGGUUACGUACCUCGGCCCCGGCAUGUCGGCUCGCCGCCUGAACAAGCCGAGACAGACUUUGACGCCCUUGUUCAGCCUUGAUGACGGCCCCAAGGACGACGCGCCUGGAAAGAAGCGCAAGGUUGACCUAGACGCUGACGAUGACAAGGCAUCCGAGCGGAGCGCAGGUGACGAUGCCGCUGCUUCAGCCGCUGCCCAGUUCAACGCCAAGGUCAAGAGCCGCUUCGCCGCCCCCUCCAAGCCAUCGCCGUUAGGCCAACCCUCCCCCCAGAAGGCUCUCAGCGACGACAUUGUCAAGGCUGGCAAGAAGCGUGCUGCCGACAUUUUGCAGGAGGUGUUUGACGCCGAGGUCGGCCCUAUCGAGUCUACCAAGCCCACAAUCGUGUUUAACCCCUACGAGGAGGCGAGCGUCGUCCCUACCGGCAAGUUUGAGGCCUCGCGUUCGUCUCUCCGCAAGUCGGCAUCGGCGUUGCGUGCGUCCCUGCGUAGCUCUUCAGUUGCGAAGCGUGGCGCUGCGGAGAAGAUUGAAAGACUCGGCAGCGGCCAGCCCGGACGCAAGCUCUCAACACUUGAGCUCGUCAGUGGCUUCAAGCCUGCAGCAUCGGCCUCUAGGAGGUCUGAAUCCCCGGAGGAGGAGGACGAGGACGCGGACGAGAUCGAUGUCGAUGAGGCCCCCGAGCAGCCAUCACUCAAGCUUCCUGAGCCAGUCCGCGCACCUGCACCCGUGGCUGCCAAGCCUGUCAAGGUGCCCGAGGCCGACACGUACCAGCCCUUCAACGUCCCCUCGCUGUCCUCUUCUACCCUUGGAAACUCGACAUCUCCCGCUCUCAAGGCGCCCGAGACGUUGCACUCGGCUGUUGCCGACUCGGUAAUUGCCGCCUCCAAGCCGGCUCCGGCGCCAGUCUUCAAGCCCACGCCGAUUGGCCUUGGACCACCUCCUGCUGCCGAGCCCUCAUCUGCAGGACCGUCGACCACCGCUCGCUCCACCAGCCGCCGUGUGGACCCAUCGGCCAUCUACCUGUCUGCGAAGGACUCCGCACUCAACGUCGACAAGGCCGCGCUGCCGUUCUUCACCUUCAACCUCCCUUCCGGAUCUUCGUCGCCUGAGCCUUCCGAGGCAGUCAAGGCCGCAGUACGCAAGGACCACUCUGAGCAGCCCUUUCUAUUUACCCUGAGCAAGACAAGCAUUCCCUCGGCGUCCAUCUUCUCGCCACCUGCUCCGCAGAGCCUCUCCCUCCCCAAGCCAGCCGCCGCUGGCUCGCAGUGGACCUGUGACACCUGCAUGCUGCAAAACCCCGACUCGGCCAAGGAGCAGUGCACGAUCUGCGAAGCACCUCGCCCAGGUGUCAAGGCUGCUGCUCCUCCCAAGGCCGCGUUGCCAGCCCCUCCAGCGCCUCCUGCUACUGGUGGCUUCGCCUUUGGUGGCUCCAAGCCUGCCGCACCAGCGGCUGGCGGCUUUACCAUCAAGGCCCCUGCUACCAAGGCCGGAGACUGGACCUGCGACACCUGCAUGCUGCAGAACCCGGACUCCGCCAAGGAGAAGUGCACUGUUUGCGAAGCUCCCCGUCCUGGCGCCGCGCCGGCGGUGCCUGCUGCUGCCGCCCCACCAGCCCCGCCAGCAGUCCCCGCUGCCUUCACGACCAAGGCUCCUGCGGCGGCCCCCGGCCAGUGGGAGUGCACCACGUGUAUGCUCAAGAACCCGGACUCGGCCAAGGAGAAGUGUACCGUGUGCGAAGCACCGCGGCCCGGUGCGCCUGCGCCGGCGGCUGAGGCCCCCAAGCCCCCGGCCUUCGGCCUGCCUGCACCCCCUACAGGCGGCUUCUCGUUUGGAGGCAAGCCCCCUGCGCCUCCCUCGGGUGGGUUUGCGUUCGGCGGCAGCGCCAAGCCGGCUGCCCCAGCUGCACCAGCUUCUGGCUUUGGAGGUUUCAAGCCGACGGUCGCGGCGCCUGCCACUGGGUUCUCCUUUGGUGGAUCGUCGUCGUCGUCGUCGGGCGGGGCUUUUGGAGGCUUCACUCCGUCGGUGGCCGCCCCCUCGGGCGGCUUUGGAGGCUUUGGAAGCUUUGGCAAGCCGUCUACGCCUGCUGCCAAACCUGCCGCUGCUGCCACCGGCAAGCAGUGGACGUGUGACACCUGCAUGCUCCAGAACCCCGACUCGGCGAAGGAGCAGUGCACGAUUUGUGAGGCGCCUCGCCCUGCUGGCAAGUAG